AUGAAGAACCAGCCUGAUGCCACUGUGGACAUCAAUAUUGCCAAGGCUCUGCUAGAUUACAUAAAUGCAUCCUGGACGCCAUAUCAUGCAGUAGAGGAAGCCAGUCGGCGCCUGCAUGCGGCCGGAUUUGAGAAGCUGUCUGAGCGCCAGCCCUGGCACGGCCUAAAAAAGGGCGGCCGCUACUACUUCACGCGCAAUGCAUCAACAAUUGUCGCCUUUGCAGUGGGCGGCAAGUAUGAGGCUGGCAACGGCUUCCAUAUGGUUGGCGCGCACACAGACAGCCCGUGCCUGAAGUUGAAGCCCCACUCCAAGGGAGUCAAGGCUGGGUUUCUGACGGUGAACGUGGAGCCGUAUGGGGGCGGCUUGUGGCACACAUGGUUCGACCGCGACCUGUCUGUUGCCGGCCGCGUCCUUGUCCGCGAACAGGACCGCCUGGUGCAGAAACUGGUCAAGGUUGCAAGGCCCAUCAUGCGCAUUCCGAUGUUGGCCAUCCAUCUGUACCGCGAGAUUGGCGAGCAGGGGUUCAAGCCAAACAAGCAAAACCAUGUCGUGCCAGUGCUCGCCACCGCUCUGCUGCAGGAGAAGAAGAGCAGUGAGCCACACCACCCUGCGCUCCUGCGCUUACUGGCCAACGAGCUCAAAUGCAGCACCAGCGACAUUGUGGAUUUUGAGCUCAACGUCUGCGACACACAGCCUGGCGUCAUCGGCGGGCUGGAGGAUGAGUUCCUGUUUGUGGGCCGGCUGGACAAUCUGGCCAUGAGCUACCUGAGCCUGCGCGCGCUCAUUGACAGCACCUUUGGUACGGAUGCACUGGCCGAAGAGACCGCGAUCAAGGCAGUUGCUCUUUUUGACCACGAGGAGGUCGGCUCCGCAUCUGCACAAGGUGCUGGUGGGCCAGUGAUGCGUGACACCAUCACGAGGGUGUCUCAGGCUUUCUCGGAGGGGGCGGUUGAUGCGCCAGUGCGCGCCAUCCAGAACUCCUUCUUAGUCAGCGCUGACAUGGCGCAUGCGCUGCACCCCAACUACGCGGACAAGCACGAGCCGGAUCACAAGCCGCAGUUCCACAAGGGCUUGGUCCUCAAGCACAACGUGCACCAGCGAUAUGCGACCAACGCUGUGUCUGCCACCCUCUUCAGGGAGCUGGCAAAGCGGCGGGGCAUUCCCACGCAGGAGUUCUGUGUGCGCUCUGACAUGGCGUGCGGGUCCACCAUCGGGCCCAUCCUGGCCUCUGGCCUCGGCUGUCGCACUGUCGAUGUCGGCGCACCCCAGCUAUCCAUGCACAGCAUCCGGGAGAUGUGUGCAGUGGACGACAUGUCCCACACCUACAACCACUUCUGCGCAUUCUUCAAGGACUUCUCUGCUCUGGAUGCCAGCAUCGAUGUGGAUGACCUGCCGCUCCCAAACAUUGAGGGCACAAUCACAGAUGUGCCCUGUAACCAUAUGCACUGA